AGAUACAUGUAACAUUCAUAUUUGUUCUAAUUUCUAAAUAAUCUUUGAAGUAUUUUGAUACUCCUUAUAUCAAAAUUAUAAAUUGUUCAAAAUUACUUAUAGGCAAAUGGUCGUGUAAAGCUAAGAACCUACGGUGACAGAGAAGAAUAUCAAAACUUCAGAAGCAGCGGAAAGAGAAUGGGUGCAACCGCGGCGUCGUUUCAACCCCGUCUCCUCUCGACAUUCGUCGGCGACACGAGCUUCCUCUCGCCGGCUAAUUCACUCCACCGCCUUUUCACCGGCAAACCAGGAAAUAAACAUUUACUGAUGCAAAGAGCGAGAACUUUUUCGGGAUUGUCAAAUUUCUUAUUUAACAGAAGAAACGUAAAUGCUAUUCCUAAUGGCAAGCGUGAACCUUUGAAGCCAGGAAAAGUCUCUCCUUGUAGACCAGUUCCUGAUCACAUACAAAGGCCCCCAUAUGUGAGUUCUAAGAAACCGCCUAAGGUUUCCAGUGUACCUCAAAUACAGGAUAAAAAUGGAAUUGAGAAGAUGAGAGCUUCUGGAAGGCUUGCUGCACAAGUCCUUCAGUAUGCAGGGACCCUAACCAAGCCAGGCAUCACAACAGAUGAAAUUGAUCAAGCAGUUCACGAGAUGAUCAUUGAAAAUGGAGCAUAUCCAUCACCUCUUGGUUAUGGCGGAUUUCCAAAGAGUGUAUGCACCUCUGUGAAUGAGUGCAUUUGUCAUGGAAUCCCUGAUUCAAGGCCACUUAAGGAUGGAGAUAUAAUCAAUAUUGAUGUUACUGUGUAUCUUAAGGGCUACCAUGGUGAUACAUCAGCUACUUUUUUUGUUGGAGAUGUUGAUGAGGAGGCCAGAAACCUGGUGCAGGUGACCAAAGAUUGCUUGGAUAAAGCAAUAUCAGUUUGUGGCCCAGGAGUAGAAUUCAACAAAAUUGGCAAGACUAUACAUGACCUUGCAGAUAAGCAUUAUUAUGGUGUUGUAGAACAAUUCAUUGGCCAUGGUGUGGGACGGUUUUUUCAUAGUGAUCCAGUUAUUCUACAUUACAGGAACAAUGUCCGAGGACACAUGGUUCUCAAUCAGACUUUCACAAUUGAACCAAUGCUGACAAUUGGUAGCAUACACCCUAUAAUGUGGGAUGACAAGUGGACUGCUGUCACAGAAGAUGGUAGCCUGUCUGCACAAUUUGAGCACACCAUUCUAAUAACACAAGAUGGUGCAGAGAUACUUACUCAAUGCUAAUAGCUAAAGGAGAUUCAUCUAGUAUUCUUGGCCAUGGAGUCAAAGAGCUUCCAUUUGAUUGUCCUCGUUAUUGUGGCCCUACCUUAGCCAUGUACGGAACAUUUCAUCUUUUGCAGACAUGGAGUUGAGAACUUAUCUCUAACAGUAAUUCAAUUGUUUGAAUCAUUGCAUUUGAAGAAGAAGAAGAAGUCCCCAUGACUGAAAAAAGUGAGAUAUUUUGGGACGAAAGCUCAUAGGUUGCAGAUGGUUUCUUGGUUUUUGCAGACAUGGGCUUCCUUAGUAUGACUAUUACACUUAAGACCCACUUUUCCCUUUCGCCGCUCUCUCUUCAACUUGCAGCCUUUUCACUCUCCGAUCAUCGUUUUGGCAUCACUUUUCCGAGCCUUUUGGAAUUUCUUGGUUGAGUUUAUUAGAGUGGGGCUGUUUUAUUUGCGUUCUUUAGUGUUUUAGCCCUCAAAACUGGAAGUAUUUAUGAUGUCAUUAACUGCCUCACCUUAUUUUUACUAUAAAAAAAUGAUCUUUGUCUGGGUUUAAGGGUUUUUACUUGGAACUUAUAUGGAUGGUUUUUGCUUCUCUUAAUAAUAGUUUUAAAUUCCU